AUGCCUUUCAAAUUACUCCUUUUGCUCGCCUGCCUAGCGUGGGAUGAGGUGAGGGCAUUGUCACUCCAUCAGCGCGAUGUACCUGCUGUGGUCAAGCUUCCGAUUACACGCAGAACCGAUAAUCCAACUCGAUUGGAAAAAAGGACUUCGAAUGUCUCGACCUUCUUCGAAGUAGAGUUACCCGUCUAUGACCCCCUGUACUAUUCCAACUUGACUAUUGGUACGCCACCUCAAACAAUUCAAUUUGGGUUGGAUACAAGUAGUGGCUAUCUACAGACGACAGCCACCAAUGCGACAUGGUGUACGUAUUCAAGCUGUGCAAGCGGGUUUUUCGAUGUCAAUGCCUCUUCAACUUACAAGUUCGCCAACGGGAAUUUCAAUGUUACAUACUUUACCUUGAAUGACGUUUUCACUGGAGACUUUGGAGAUGACGUUGUGGUCAUAGAUGGUGUUACACUAUCGGCCAUGGACCUGGCAGUGAAUUACGGCCCAAUGCCAAACAGUAUUCUUGGCUUGGGUUAUAUUUCAGGAAAGACUUCAGAGGCACCUGCGACGAUCCUUCAGGCUUUGGUCAACGGCGGGCAUAUCAAUUCCGCUGCAUAUAGUCUAUGGGUGGACGGAUCGACGGACACGGGGACAGAAGGAGCUAUUCUUUUUGGUGGUGUGGACACGGCUAAGUAUUCUGGGGACCUACAUACUAUGUCUAUCCCGGCAUCCAAUGGUAUUCACUACCUCCCUGUAGUGCUAGUGACAGAGAUUACUCUUCAAAAUGGGACCUCGAACAGUCAAACAUCUGGCCUACCUGAAUAUAUGGUUUUGGAUUCAAUGGUCUCGCAGACCUUCCUCCCAAACGAUAUUGUUGAGGGACUUUACCAAGACUUGGGUAUUUGGUGGGAUAGCGAUUCCCAAGUGGGAGUCAUCGACUGCACUACGAAACAGAAAGAUUACAAUAUAAAGUUCACGUUUAUCAACUUCAGCAUCAGCAGCCCAGUUAGUGAUUUCAUCGGUCCCGGGAACAGUGGAGAUUGCGACUUCAAUAUUGUGCCAAAUUUUGGCGUGCCAUCAGUGCUAGGGAGCAAUUUCUUGCGUAAUGCCUAUGUGGUUUACGACUUAUCCAACAAUGAGAUAUCUAUGGCGCCGACCAAUUUCGAUGAGAGUGAGGGACAAGUUUUGGAAAUUGGCAGUGGAGCCACUUCUAUCUCCGGCGUCUUUGAAACCGCUACUGCAGUAGCGACUGUUCCAACCGCUGCUGUGAGUCCGACGGGAGUUUGGGUGUUUCCUGCCAAGUCCACCUCAAGUGCCUUGACUGCUAGUUCAACUUCAACUAGCAUGGGAGUGGCGGCUGCUCCGACCGCCAACUCCAAAAAUAUCAUGGCUGGAAUUGUUGGGGCGGGACUUGUGAUCGCUCUGUAG